UGCUGGCUGUGGUUAAGGCUGACUGUAGCCGUUAUUGUUGUGCAAUAAAAAGCUUUUAGCUAAAAAGCUUAACACGACUGUGGUCGUGUUAAGAUUUCCAGUCGCUACAAUAUAUUGAAAAACAAGUUAUACUUGACGGCGGUGCAGACAGAGAAGGCACACGGACGUGAACAUGUCGACAUGGAUUUUAUGAGGCUGUUUGGCGCCCUGGUCGCCGUCCUUCUCCAUAACGAAUCCGCUGCUAAAAUCAAUGGCCAACGGAUCUGCCGGCGAGGGACGGAGCGCCCGUGCUACAAGGUGUCCUACAUCCAGGACAGCCGGCGUAGGCUGACCUUCCAAGAUGCCAGGCAGGCAUGCAGGGCGGAUGGCGGCGAGCUGCUCAGCGUGGAAAGCGAAAGCGAGCAGCGGCUGAUAGAGAGGUUUAUACAGCAGCUGAACGCUGCGGAUGGAGACUUCUGGAUCGGCCUUCGUCGCAGCCCUCAGCGUUCCCGGAGUGGCGGCAGCAACCCGGGAUGUCCCUCCCAGUACUACUGGCUGGAUGGGAGCAGGGCCAAGUUCAGGAACUGGCACUGGGACGAGCCUUCCUGCGGUGGGGAAAUGUGCGUGGUGCUUUACUACCAGCCUUCUGCACCACCUGAUGAGGAAGGCCACUUUCUGUUUCAGUGGAAUGACGACAACUGCAACGCCAAGAACAACUACGUCUGCAAAUAUUCAAAAGAAAACGCACCAGUCUUUACAGAGCAAGGGAACAUAGCACAUGAGGAUCCAACUGCGAGGCCAAACAUAUUCUUCACAACAGCGAGCGACGAGUCCAUCAAAGUAGGACAGCCUGAGUCUUCAGUGUCUUUCUCAGACAACAGCCUGUAUGUUCCCUACAUCUUGUACGCCACCAUUCCUGCCCUGUUGCUGCUGUUGCUUGCAGUUGCUGGCUUCUUCUGCUACAAACAACAAGCUAAGCGAAGCAGGAAGAGCGAGACCAAAAGCUCCGCUGGACAAGUCAAACGGUGGACACCCCCAGACACGUCAUCUUGCCCCCUUCAAGGACCUUACGCCUUCAGCGACAUCACCAGACUUUCUCACCUUUCACCCGAAAGCACCCUGCCGGGAGACUUCAUAACAAAGUACCCGUGCGGUCCUGCCAAGGACCCCCAGUGGAACGACUAUGAGAAUGUAUUAAUCACCGACAGGGAGAGCGGCUUUGUGAACAACGACAUCUACGAGACCAGCAGGGCACAGGGUCGACACUGCCGCGCUCAGGAUGGUUGGGUCGAAAAUGAGAUCUACGGGUAGCCAUGUUGGGGAAUGUCACCUGGCUGUGAAAUCCUAGGAGUGUGCGGGCAGCAACACUUUGGACUUUUUAAUACCCGCUCUCUCUCUCUUUCUCUCCAGUAAAGGACAACUCCUCCAUGAUAUCAUCAGUGACCACAGGUUUGAUGUCGUAUGUUUAACAGAGACAUAGCAACAAAUAAACGACUUUUCCCAGCUGGCUUGGUUUACACCAGUCAAACCCGUACUACCGGUCGAGGGGGCGAGAAUUGGAAAAAUCUCACCUGUCUCUGUCCCAACCCACCAGUCGUUCAAAUCUCUGGUCAUUCGUCUGUAAGGACCAUCAUAGGACCCAAACAUAAAAGCCACUGUUUACCGUCCACCCAAGCCCAGUUCGGAUUUGAUCACAGAAUUGUCCAAACUUGUCCAAACUUGUUUCAAACUUCCCUCUGUGUUUUCUAUAUCUAUAUAUCUAUAUACGUAUAUAUAUAUAUAUGUGUGUGUGUCAUUUUAACUGUGUUUUAUUUAUUUUAACAACUCUGUACGGUGACCUGGAGUGUCCUGAAAGGCGCCUAUAAAUAAAAUGUAUUAUUAUUAUUAUUAUUAUUAUUCUCUACACUGCAUGUGUGGUGCAGGAAACUUACACAUGUGGCUGUGGAUUUAUGUUGAGCGGAGGGCGUACUCACAUUCGUACCGUGCUGGACUUGGGCACGAUCCCUCUCCUGGAACAGUCGUGCUGUAUCACUUCCCUGAUUUUGCGGAUUAUUUCCAGUCUUAGUCUUUCUGAUUAUUCCUAUGGAGUAAUUCCUAUGGAGUAAUUCCUAUGGAGUAAUUCCUAUGGAGUAAUUCCUAUGGAGUAAUUCCUAUGGAGUAAUUCCUAUGGAGGACACAGGGCCGAAUGUGAGUACGCCCCUUGCAGUAGAUCCGCCCUGUGUUACAGUGGCUCUUAACGGAGAGGGGUGGGGGUGUUCAAAGUGCGGCCAAGGGGCCAUUUGCGGCCCGCAGCUGGAUUUUUUUUGUAAUCUAAAUAUAUAAUUUAACUACAGCAGCAAUUUUAUGAACUAUUAAGAGAACUAUUAAAAGAAAAUGUUGUAACUUUACAAAAUAAUGUGAUAUUAGGAAAAAGUAUGUCAUUUAAGUAGCAUAAAGUUGAAAUAUUAAAAAAAAGUUAAUAUAAUAUUGUGAGAAACAAACAAAUCGAAAUAAAAUUGUAAUUUAGGUUGGAGAAAAUCUUAUGGGAAUAAAGUCAUAAUACUAAGAGAAGAAAUUUUACAUUUUUUUAAGAAAGCUGAGAUAUCUCGAAAAAUAAAAAGUUAAUUUUUCAUUUUUUUUUACUUGCUUUUGUAUAAUUGUGUGCAUAUUGUACUAUCAUGCUGACAAAAACAACAGUUUCAAGGGUAUUCUAUCCACAGAAACAUGCAUUGUUUGUGCUUUGUUCUUUCUUCUCAAUACAUCCUUCCAUUGCA